AUGUCUGAUACCAACUGUAAUGGACCCACGCUUGACUUGUUUGAGAAGUCACUCUCCAGAAUCCAUCAUGAUGUUUUGGACAUUCUUGCUUUUUCUGGUCUUCAUGUCAUGACAACGACUUCAAUGGCUUCGAUGGGCCAACAAACAUACAUAAUUUAUAUGGACAAGACCAAAAUUAUAGCACAUAAUGAUGCUCCAGGCAGUGCCAAACAAUGGUUCGAAUAUGUGAAUGAUUCCGUAUCUCAGGUGAGUCAGAUCUCAUCUCAAGAUGAUGAAGAAGAAGAAACACCACCCCAAGAGCUUCUUUAUGUAUAUGAAACCGCCAUUUCUGGUUUUUCUGACCAGCUGUCCCCCAAACAACUUGAAUCCUUGAAAAACUUGAUGGCUUUCAAUCUGCUACACCUAAUGAAAUGUGAAGCCUCCACACCACACGCACCCCUCAGUUUCUUGGCUUACGACCUGGAAAAAGGACUUUGGAAUGCAUCCGACUUGGCUUCAGAUGUGAUUAUAGGCAUUGUGGACACAAGAAUCUGGCCAAAGCAUGCUAGUUUCAAGGAUUCACGCUUGCCCAAAGUUCCAUCUCGUUAG